AUGGAUUUAAGGUCAGAUAGAUCGUCUGUCCACCCUGACAGAUUUCGACUCUCUUCGUUUCCUCGCCAAAGAUGGUCGCAGAUUUCGCCUUCUUCUUACGCCUCCCCCGUGGUUGAGACUGCUGGUCCAUCUCACCAGGCAAACCCACGUCGCUACGAGUCUACGCUAGAUGAGUCUGCUCGAGCAUACCGUGCCUCUGCAUUGCGGCAACUGAAUGGGAAUCCCAAACCCUUAUCCCGAAAGCCUCGGCAGGCCAACCCAACUGGCGGCCGGUCCUCGACACUGGCAUCGCAGCCAGUGCUAGUUCGGACCUAUUCCGGCAAUACUGAUGAUAACGCAGGGGCAUCGAAAAUGCCUUCCCGGCGGUCGUUUCCUUUUGCGAGUAGUUCGAGCACCCAGGAGCGCCGACCACCGCUUCCGUCGGACGAAGAUUUCAGCAUCGACGGUAUCCUGCGAGCUAUUGAGCCCAACAUCCGCGGAACUUUGGACUCGAUUGCAGAAAUAUGUGGUCGCAGCAAACUUAGUCUUGCCAACGAGUAUGGGAGUCACAUCGCACCGUUGGGUGAGAUCCGAGCUCCCCCUGGCGGGCUAUUAACCGUUGAAGAAGCCAGCCCUGGCCAUGAGCAACAGUCUGAUGAAAAUGUUGUUAUCUAUGACGAUGAAAACAGUCUCAUGGAUGGGGGGGAUCAUAGUCCAUUUUCACACUAUCGCUAUCUAGAGAACAUAAGACAGGCUGCGACAACGGCCCAUAAUACGGGAUUUCAGCCAAUGAUGCCCUUUCCCUCUGGGGACGAGUCGUCAAUGCAAGCGCAGCCAGAGUCUUCAGGAUCUAACACGGCUGCAGACACUGGUUUCGAGCCAGGGAAUGAAAUUGAAUCGACCCCGACUACCAAAGAAUUCACAACCAAAUCAAAAUCCUCUGGUCGUGCGUUACUUGGAAAGAAUGUUGAAUCAUCUACGGAUGAUAAAUUUCAAAACAUUGUGACUCCAGCUGUUGUCUCUGAGACAUACCUUGAUGCCCAGGGAAAUGGCCCCCUGUCGUCGGAGCCACGUACCUUGGACUCUAGUCAAGACCAAAUGCCUUUCAAUGUCUUGGAGUUCAGUGCCAAUAGAAAUUCUGAAGACCUUACAUCGCAGUACAGUAAUGCAUCUGUUUUAGCGGACCUCCAGGCACUUUUUAACUGGCUGAAGCAUGCUUCGCACGGCAACACAUCAUCUCAGCCUCCUUUGUCGGCGGAGAUGCGACUGCGCGCAAUGCUCGAACGAGAG